AUGCGCGACUUCACAGCGGGGGAGCUGGCUCGGCACGACGGCUCGGACAAGUCGUUGCCGCUGUACCUGUCCAUCAAGGGCGUGGUGUACGACAUCACGAAGGGGAAGGACUACUACGGGCCGGACGGCGUGUACCCCUUCGCCGGCAAGGAAGUGGCCCGGGCCUUUGCGCUCUUCUCCACUGAGGAAACGGACUGCAAUGACAACCUGGAAGGACUGUCGUACACCGAGCUAGAGAACCUGCGCGACUGGACUGCCAGGUUCAACUCCAAGUACCCAAUUAUUGGGCGGCUGGUGGCGACAAAGCAGAGCUGA